AUGGAUCAACCAUAUAUGGAGACCAAUAAUUUGGAAACUCAUCAACAACACCAACAACAGCAUCAGAUUAAUUCCGAUUCAAGCAACUCACAACAUCAACAGCAUACAACUCAAGAUCAUGAUCCAAAUAAUCAAUUGACGCAACAAAAUUCACAAAAUAAUAAUGAUGAAAAUUUGCAACCUCAUAGUUUAGAACAACAAAAUUUUCAACCACAACAACAACAACAUACUCAGCAAUUACCAUCUUAUCAAUUGAAUUUUUACGGUGACAAUAAUAAUUCCAAUAGGCUUCAAUUACCAAUUCAACCGCAACAACAUAUAAAUUAUCAAUCUCAAUCACAAUACAUGCAGUCUUUACCACAAAAUCAACCUCCGAUAUUACAACAUCCUCAUUUACCUUUACAAAAUUCAAAUUACAUAUCAAAUUCAUAUCAGCAACUACCAAUAACUCAAAGUCCUUAUGGUUUUCAACAUCAAUUACCUUCCCAAUCUCAAUCUCAACAAUUUACAACUACAUCCACAAAGUCAAGAAAAUCAUUUGAUUCGAGGUUUGAUGAAUCAAAUACCAAUAAUUUAUUAAGCUACAAUAAUAAUGAAAGAAAUUUAGUAGCACCUAUCCCUCCAUUACAUGUUCAACAACAAUUAGUCACAAAACAACACGACAAUAGCUCUUAUUAUAAUCAUCAAUCUCCAAUUCAAUCUACAAAUCAAUUGAGUGAUACUCAUUCUUAUCAAUCACAACCUCAGAAUGCAUACAAUCAAACCAGGAACAAUAGUAACGAAUCAUCAACUACAACCUCGGCCAAUCAACAUCACCAUUCACAACAACUACAACCUGUCGCAGGUCAACAAAUGAUAAGAUCAACUUGUACUCGAUGUAAAAAAGAAUUCGAUCAACCAAUAAUAAUUCCAAAAGCAAAUGAUAAUUCAGGAAGUCAAAAACUGUUAGCAGAACCUAAAAUUUUUAAGUUAUGUCAUCAUUGUAGAGAUUUACAAAGACAAAGAUCAAGAAGAUGGCAAAAAAAGACCAAAAACAAACAAGGUGUUUGUAGAAGAUGUGGUUCAGAUAUCCCAUUUGAUGAAAGAAAAUUUGUAUUAUGUCCUUCAUGUAGACAAAAUUUAAGAACACGGAAAGCAAAUAGAGCUGCUCAAGGAAAAUGUGUUCAUUGUUCUGGUCCAUUAGAUACUUCAAUUUUACAUAAAGAUGAAAAUGGGAAUAUCAUUACUGAAAGCAAUGGAUCUCCAACACUUGAAAGUCAAAAUCACCCAGAUGAUGAUCCAACUAAUAGUCCUAAAAGUGAUAAAAAAUCAAAUAGGAAUUUAAAUUAUAAAGUUUGUCAAAGAUGUAGAGAAAAUGAUAAAAUUAGAAGAAUAAAUUUAGAAAAAAUGGGAAAUUGUAAUCGUUGUGCAAAAGCUUUAGAUCCGACUGAUUAUGGUAAACAUAAAGUCUGCCUCAAUUGCAGAAGUAGAAAGAAGAAACCUUCAAUUAAACAAGAAGAUAUGGGUGGUCAACAUCAACAAUCUCAAGAGUUAAAUUACAACGACAAUCAACAAGGUCAAGUGCCAGAUUACAAUCCAAAUAUGGUUCAUAGUUAUCAACAACAACAACCAUAUGCAUCUUAUCCAUAUAAUUCAAAUCAAACAAGCAUGAUCACACCAUCAGUAUCAAAUCAAACAACUUAUAAUCAACCACAAAUGGUACCUCCACAAUUACCUCCUCAUCAACCAUAUACUACUAGCUCACAAUAUGUUAAUCUUCAAGCUCAACAACAUCAACCCCCUCCUCAACAACAACAACAACAACAACAACCGUCUCAAACUUAUUAUCAAGUACCACCACCAAGUCAAGAAUUUUACAAGCAUUGA